AUGUGGGCGGCUUUCAGUUAUAGCCAGAAUGUUCAGCAUACGCAAGAGUGUAGCUGCAUACUAAGUUCAAAGCUGGCCAGAUUCUGGCCCCGAAUUGAAACUUUCGCCGUGCAGAGUUUUUUCCCCAUGUGCUGGGUCACGCAGGCUUGGGGGCAAGGCUAUAUCCAUGUCAAUUCAGGGGAGCUACAAACAGGAGGUGUUUCUUGCCCCGGUACCAUGGCUAUUCUGGGCGGCUACACCGUGCUCCUUAUGAACUAUGGACCCCUCACUUUAGAAGACUGGCGUUCUCGCAUCUCCUGCCAGACAUCACGUCGAGCUUGGAAUACAUGGAAGCUUGUGUUCUUCUUGGCAUGCGGGUUGAGGCUGUAUGCCUGGCAAGCUGAGCCAAGCAUGGCUGUACAGCGGGGAGAGACAAUGCAUCAUACCUUCCUGGCGAUAUUUGUACUUGCGCUUGUUUACACUCUAGUGUUUGACUGUGACCCCACUUUUGUGUCGAGAGGAAGGGCCUUGCCAGCGGUCGUGUUCGCGCUGGCAGUCUCUGUUAUGGCAGCUCUGGCAAGCUGGUGCAGUGCUUUCAAGGAUGGCAAGGAUGGUGGCUGGGAGAUGUCGUAUGCCAGGGGCAUCAUGCUUUUCCUCGUCUACGUGUCAAUAUUGUCAACUGCAAUGCUCUGGGAUUUCUAUAACCGGAGCUUCUCUUGCGAUUUGGUCCGCAUUUCACAGGCCUGGUCAGGCGAGUAA